UUCACUACCCAUACAUUCAUUCAUUGAUUAUCGUCAUGCAUAAACAACAGAACAGAGAUCCUAAAACUCAACUUCUACAAGGAUUUCAUUCUUUAGUACGUGAUGAUUCAAUCUUAGCGGCUGACAAUUGUUUAUUAGACACCUCAUUAAAUGAAGCUAUUGAACAACUUGACCAGCUGUUUAAUAAUAAAGAAAAAAUCGACUUUUUACUGAAUGAAGGUGAAUUUCUCUCGGAAGAGAUGAAUUCAUAUAAACAUUGGACAAUUGAAUGGUUACAAAAACACUUGGAGAUUUUAAAUGAAUUUGGUCAAAUACUUGUAAAGAAGAGUAGAACGUCAACAGUACAUAUGACAAUUGAAGAUAUUCUACCUGUGACACGUUUAUGGAAUGGUUAUUUACAAGACUGCCUACCAAUGUAUCCAACGAAUGAUUAUGAUGAUGGAGAUGGCGACGAAGGUGGUGACGUCUAUCGAAAGUCUUUGAGAAGGAAACAUUUCUACUGGGAUAUGUAUGUUGUAUUUAGAAGACCGAAUCAAUAUCAAAUUAGACCAUAUUAUACGCCAUUAAAUGAUUAUCCUGUGACCUACAUACCAAACUAUUUCUACAUAACUAUUCCACCCGUUAACAUCAACGCUGCGACUAAUGAAAAAAUGGGAUUACCGUCAAUUGAAGUCUCCUCUGAAACAGCAACAGCCGCAACAACAACAGCGCCAACGGCGAAAAGACAAGAUAUCAAUGAUCCGUAUGAAUUGUUUAGAUGUAGUGAAAAUUUCAAUUUUCAAAAUCAACCUGAUCGUUGGAAUUAUAUUUCAUGGGAGAAAAUUUCUCAAUCGUUAUUUACCACUUUGCUACCUGAAGUGUUAAAUCUAUCAACAUUUUUAGAACCAGGACAAAUUGGUUUAAAGGUAAUCAGUUGGAAAUGUUUAUUUGAUGAGGAGAAUGGUGUAGAGAAGGCUAGUCAAGUUGGAUUUUUCCCUGUUGAGGUUGUUUUCGAUACAAACAGUUUGGGCAAUAAUCAUUUCUACUAUUCCCCUGAAUUAUGGAAAAGUCAACAAGCUUUACGUGGUGGUGGUGGUAUUGUAACGCGCAGAAUACAAAUUUCUAAAAGUGUACACACUUUAACAACACCAAGCAUUGAUAUGAAAUCAGAAAAAACUGGUACUCCGUCAACAUUGUCUUCAAACUGGCUAACAAUGAGAAUACGUUUUCAUCCAGUCUAUUCUCUGUAUGAUUUAAUGUCGAGUCAGUCGAAGACGUCGGCAAUGACAACAAACAAUCGAUACGCAUCGCCAUAUUCAAAACACAAUUUUUUAAAGCGUCUUAACACACUUGAAAUCAAGCAAAAUAAUUUCCCGCCUAAUCUACCACUAUGGAAAGUAUGCAGUUGUCUGUCAGAAGAAUACAUUCUGGAGAGAAUUGAUAAAGCUGAUCAUGGAAUACGUCGUAAGGCGGUAAGAAUUCUAGCAAAUCUUUAUCAAAUAAAUGAUCUUCAAAAAGGUACACAGCUGAUGAGUGUAUUCACUCUGAGAAAUAUGAUUCAAAUUUGUUUACAAACAUUCCUUGAGGAAAUUAAUCAAACUGUACAGCUUCAGUAUGACAGUUUAUUUCAGAGUUCAUCGAAGGCUAAUGUUAUUCAACCAUGGCAAAAAUUAUCACUGCCUAGAAUUAUUUAUCAAUUAUUAUCAAAAUGUUUAACUAUUCUGCAUGAAAAACACCUGGUUUCAUUUACUAGUCCUGAAAGUGAUAUUUUAUGCUUGGAUAGCACUUUAACAAAACAAAGCACGAAUCAACUGUAUUGUACAUUGAAUUCGUGGCUACGUAGUCCAUUACAAUUAAAGAAAUUAAUAUUGGCUAUGAAUGAAAAGCUAUCAGAAUCUAUAGAAACAUUUCAAAUGUUAUCCACCGCUAGAGAAACAACUUCUUUAAAGUGAAAUGUCUUUUUGUACUUCUUGUUAAGUUUUUACUACAUAUAUAUAUAUAUAUAUAUAUAUAUAUAUAUAUAUGUACUGUGGUAUUUUAUUUUGACUAGAUUCAUAUUCUUCAUUAUAAUAAAGGUUAUUGUAUUUC